AUGGCAGGGCACAUCUUCCUCAUCUCCUGCUUGCUAGCAAUCUGCCUCCCCAUCAUCUUCGUACAGCUGCCCCGCUUCGAGACCGUCAAAGAACUGCGCGCUGAGAACGAGGCAGAAACACGAUCCACGGUACUGCGACGACGACGACGACUAUCACCAUCGAGAUCGCGGAAGAUACUACGACGGAUCACACGACCAUGGUCCGAGACCGAUAUCGAUAUCACAAGUGCGGAGUCGGAGCAGGAGCAAGUCGCUCCUGAACAGAUCUCGCAAACGGGCGCUCGAGGACGAUGGCAUACGGGUAUUUCCAGGCCCAUCUUCCAAGGGGACGCGUGUGCGGAUAGUAGAGCCUCGCCGAAAGAGGAAGAACUGAGGAAAGCAAGAGCUGGCAAGAAGCCCUGGGAUCCACCGUUCAGGAGACAGCUUCCGAGGACUGAGCUCGUUAGGAAGAGUCCUGGAGGACGGUGGCAUGCUGUUACGGACGCCUCACCACCUCGCAAGACUGGUCGAGAAAUGGAGGCGCGAGGUGUUGCAAUGAGACUGUUCCCGCCAGACCCUGUUCCUGAGAUGGACGAUGUGGACGAAUAUGAUCGAUGCUCGUUGGCAUCUUCGGGACCGCUGCAAACACCACAGGAACCGUUGCACCGACGACUUCCAUCUAGGAACCAUCUACAAUCACACGACGAACGCGGCGCGCCAUCUCGAGAGCAUCAGUCCGAGCCUCCAGUGGCUCAAAUCGUUCCGCCGCCGCGUACGGGCCCUGAGUCCUUGCCGUCGCCGCUCGACGGAUCUCCGCUGCCUUCUAUGUGUCACGUGCCGCGAAGCGCUCCGUCUACCAGGACCAGAGAGCCUGUUAGCUGUUCCUGCAGACAUUGUAGACAUCCUCACUCUGAGGCUUCAGUUCCACAGUCACCCAGUGUUACAACAGCCGCGCCUGAGGCAGGCCCUGAGGAAAUUUCCAAACAGGCCUCGAAAGGCCCUGAUUGUCCCUGUAAACAUGAGGACACUGACCCUUCAGCUCUGCAGUCGAAGAACCCUCCAUCAGCUGCGCCAAAGAAGGAUCUCAAGAAUGCGUCCGAAAAAACUGCCAAAGACGCCCCCAAGGAGGCUCCCAAAGAAGGUCCCAAAGCCCCCAGCAAAGCUCCCAAAUCCGGGAUGCCGCUUUGGCAGAUCCUGCUGGUUAUUAUGGGAUUCAUCAUCUUUGUCUUCGCUUUUGCCAUACUGGUUGCGCACUGUCUGGCUUGGUUCCUUGUAUACAAGACGGAAGCGCGGUUGGGAGAAGUGCGUAGCGGUCUGUUAAGGGGCGGGGAGAUGAAGAUGUGUCUCUGCGGCAGAGGUUAA